AUUAUAAUGAAUCAUGGUGGUGCCACUAUUGGAGAAUCGGAAUACACCACAUCACACCAACAUGUUUUACGUCCAAGUGACAUUCAUUUGUGUAUUGCUGGUACCAUGUGUUCUCGGAGACCCAACUAUCGUGUCGAGAUCAGAGUGGGGCGCUCGGUCGCCGAGAAGCCGGUCGUACAGACGUCUUCCAGUCUCUGAAGUGAUCAUCCACCACAGCGACACGCCUUCCUGCUACACGUCCAGCUCGUGCAAAGCCAGAGUCAGGUCAAUCCAGAAUCAUCACAUGAAUACUAACCGCUGGUCUGACAUCGGGUACAACUUCCUCGUGGGUGAGGAUGGUCGUGUUUAUGAGGGGCGAGGCUGGAAUAAAGUGGGAGCUCACGCCCGUGGUUAUAACUCUCGGUCAGUAGGCAUAUGCAUGAUUGGGGAUUUCAUGUCCAGCAUACCUAAUGGUGCUGCAUUAAACGCCGUACGUGGCCUUUUGGCCAUGGGACUCUCCCAAGGAAAGCUGACGUCCUACUACCGUUUGCGUGGUCAUAGCGAUGUCGGGGCAACAAGUUGUCCAGGCAGUACACUGUACUACAUUCUGUCAAGUCUUAAGCUAUUAUCGGCAUAGCAAUACACUGAAUUAUCAACGUAUUGUAAGAGAUUUCCAAUAGCAAAUCCUGAUAUUGAUAAAUAUCUACAUUUCUAUAAAAACUAUAUUGACAGGUCCGGUUAAAUGCAGAUGGGCAGUGUAAAUUACAACCUAGUGUCCAAAAUCGGACAGAGAAAAUAUUUUUGUUUCUAAAAAUACAACGUUGUAGUUUUAAAGUGCACUUAGGUCUAGACAAAGGCAAUAAAUAUUAAAAGAAAAUAAACAUAUUUUAUGAUUUGUCAGUGUGAUCUAUGGGACCAACCAACAUUGAAACACUAUGUGGAUAUUCGUUUUUAGAUGGUUAACUAAUAAAAGCUGUGGCUCAUUAGCUAAUGGAGAAUGCACAAUAGUGACUAAACACACUAGCAAACCGAUUCUGUUUCAGGAAUGCACAUUCUCUGGACAAAAGUAAUAGCAGUGUUUUAUAUAUCAUUAUCAUUAGUGUGGGAUCUAGUCCAACAAACUGGCAUACCUAUACAUAUAUGUAUAGAUGCAGCUGUUUAUAACAUGUUUACAUGGACCUGGUCACUAUAUAAGUUUAACUAAAUAGGCAGAAGAAAAAACAAAAGAGCAAAACAUGGGUUAACAUUUAAUAUUUUCUGGGAAAAAAAACACAAGCUGUUAGCACACUUUAUCACAGAUUCUGCAAUUAUAUAUUUUGAUUUAUAACAAAACCUAAACAUCAGCAGCUUUUGGGGGUGGGGGAAUAUAACAAAUGACUAAUGAAACAUGAUGGGUGGGUGGAGAAACAAACUUGGUGUGUAAAUCAAUCUCACUCAAAGCUAAGACACCAGUUUAAUCAAACUAUAAACCAAGACAAGAAAAAGCAAACAAUACUGGU